AUGUCGGAGCAGUCCUUUGGGUUGGCCGAUGUUGAUGGAAAGUUACAAAUCGUGGCUACGGGAAGAGAUACGGCAGGGUGUUGGGUCACAGUCUCGGAGAGCGACGAGACCACGCCUGUCUGGAAGGCUCGGCGGCUCGAUGCCGAACUCAUGGUCGAGAAUGAGUACCUGCCGAGACUGUGGCAAUCGCACUUAAUACCUUCAGUAGGGCUCCUACCAGUGGCGAACUUGGGAAUAGGGGUAAAGCUGUCGCUGGGGGUCGAGGCGCUGAGACGGUAG